UAAAGUUUUCUUUUCACAAAUCUUUUAUAGAAUAUUAAUAUAGGCAUAUAUAUAGGUGACAAUGCAAGGUAGUUUUGGUCUGCACAGACUUAAUGCACUGUUUCCGCUGGUGUUCGAGUUCGGCCUUCAAAGACAUUCAGCUGCAACUAUACAAUCCCAAGUCAUCAGAGGAGACAAGUACAACUUCAGCAACUGCUGCCAGCCAUCACAGACAAGAUCUCAGCUGCUUAAAAUUAAAACAAAAUCGGCUAGAUUUAGUAAUAGUUGGCGAUCAUUACCUAAAAACAUGAGUACUUCAAUGGCAAUGUCAAUGUCAAAGUUCAACGACUGGCUCCCUGAAACCGAGGAGGUUUACUGUCGACUCAAAUCUAUGGCCAUGGAGCAAGACGGCUGGACGGAGUCCACAAACACUAACUCUGGCAUCAAACCAAAGCGGGAACUAUUCACACGAGUUGAAACGGAUGACGGACCUGUCAUUCAUUAUGCUCUAUUUCUACAUGAACGAGAAAUGAGGCUGUGUGGAGUUUGCCAGUUUGGACUCCAAGCGCAGGGACCUCCAGAUUAUGUCCAUGGAGGCGCAAGUGCUACGAUGCAUGAUUCCAUUACUGGGGUGCUAACUCACGGAGCCAUCAAGGAGAGAUGUGUGACGGCCUCGCUCAAUGUCAACUUCAAAAACCCGACUCCCCUGAGAACUGCCAUCUUAAUAGAAGCAUCCGUGGAGAAAAUUGACGGCAAAAAGAUUCACUUGAAAGCGUGUCUUAAGAAAGCGGAUGGAUCCAGGGUCUACUCUGAUUCGACGGCGCUGUACGUCAGCAUAGAAAGCAAACUACGCGAAAUAGAACAAAGAUCUAAUGGAAAGAUUUAGUUUAAAAAAUAUAUCAGUUUUUAGACAUAGUCCUAUUUUGUUCAGAUUGUAAUUUUUUUUAAGUUUCUUAACUUGGCUGAAUUUUUUCAGGUUUUUAAACUUCGACCAAUCACACCCCUGUCAGGGAUGUGAUCUCUCCGUUUUUAACAAAAAAUCCUUUAAUUCCCCCCUCAAAAAAACAAACAAACCCAAAACAGAAACAAACAAAUGCCCAACAGUUUGAGAUAUUCUUGGGAGAAUCCCGCAGUGAAAUAAAGAAUGCGCUUACUACAUACAUGUAAAUUUAUUUAUACAUUAGUUUUGUAUUCUAGCCAUUAAUUUCAUGCUGCUUCAGUCAUGUAUGAAAACCAACUUGACUUUAAAAAAAACAUGCAGGAAUUACCCCCAAAAUUGAUCAAAACAUACCACAAGAAAGUGCAUCACAGAGCACGUACUUUGCACUCAAGGUUCAGUUUUUACAUCCCUCGCAAUUAGACUUAGAAUUGAUAGUAUAGGGCAUUAAAUAACAGACCUAAAGCACAAAAUAUGUAUAGCAUUAAGUAUUGUGUAAACAUAUCAGAGUAUGAGCAGCUGUGUACAUUCCUUUUUUUGUGGUUUGAGGCUAAGCAUAUAUUUAUUUAUUUAAAACAAAUUAAAUUAAAUUUAUUCAGCAUACUUUCCAUAUUGGAGAAAUCAUACGUACAAGUUUAUAUAGGUAGGUAUGAAAAAUGGAUAUCAUAUUAACAAGCCUUCAUUUCCCCCCUAAACUGAUAUUGAUGAGGUGUCUAAGAUAGAUUUUAAUUUUGUUUAAUCGCUCUUUGUUUUUGUUCUUUUUGCUUGUCUACAGAAGUAAACAUUGCAUCUGCCAAAUUCAGUACAAAACUAAGUUCUUGUCUAACUUAGCCAUGGCUAACAGAAGGGAGAACAUUAGCAUGUUGCGAAGCUACCAACUCUCCCUGGUUUUGCAAAAAGUUCCCUAAAAACAAAGCAAUCGUUCCAUGUUUUUAUGAGCAAUUUUGAAAAACUCUCUCAUUUUGGAUUGUGUUUGCCUGUAUGUAUCUCCUUGAUGACUGAACAAAACCUCCCUGAUUGCAAGAUGGAACCCUGUAUGAUGCUUUUAUGUUGACGGACAAAAUGCGGAUAACAAUGUUAUUAGUAAGAAUUCAAAACACUUGUUUAUAAGGUAACAAUAUUUAUUGGCCCUUUUCAUGAGACAGCUCAUUACUUAUAAUUAUUUGAUUUUAGGGGUUUUUGUUUUGUAUAAUUACUUUACAGUGAUGAUGGGCUCUUAAUAGUUUCUAAAACAAGUUCUUCCCGUGAAAUGGGUUUAAUUUAAUUGUGGAUAGUAUUUUAUUAAAAUUAAACACACUAAAAAACAGUCUUUCAAUUCAUUAUACAAAUUAUAUUUUUAAUUUGUGUGAAAUGUUUUGUUUCACUAAAUUGCAGAUGUUAUUCUAAUUAAAUUAAAUACACCUAAUCUGUAAAGGAUACACAAAUUUUGUGUGAAAAGUUUUUCAUUAAAUUAAGGAUGUCAUUUUAAUAUAAACUGAAAAUACAGAAAAAAACAAAAUUUUCAUUACACAUUAUACAGUAAACACUAUUGGUAAUUG